AUGGCGCCGUCGAAUCAAUUCGGAAAGCGUGUCAAGCUGACGCAGAUCCGACGACCGUUUGUCGUUGGCAGCACGGCGCUUCCCUUUUCGGAUUCGAAUCCACGACCGCCUGGGGCGCCUGACAAUCACACGCACUCAUGGCAGGUUUUUGUACGGGGCAUGGAGGAUACAGACAUCACGUAUUGGUUGCGACGUGUACAGUUUAAGCUACAUGAGUCUAUUCCAAACUACGUGCGGAUGGUCGAAGGAGAGCCCGGCAAGCCGUUCGUCGUCAACGAAACAGGAUGGGGAGAGUUUGAUAUCACGAUAAAGCUAUAUUACGUCAAUGACUCGGGAGAGAAGCCGCAAACGCUGUAUCAUUAUCUGCGCCUCCACCCCUACGGUAGAACCGAGGAGGAGAAGCAGUCCAUGCUGGCGUCAAACGGCGAGGUCCGGGCCUGGAGCUAUGAAGAGCAGCUGUUCAACGAGCCCUACGAAGCAUUUUACCAGAUCCUCACCUCUGGCGCCGUGCCCAAGGGAUGGAAGCCGGCCGGCGGAAGUGGCAAGGGGAAAGGUAAGGGAAAGAACCGCGCGCCUCCGCCACUCCCCGCGCCGGACAGUGGAGAUGUUUGGGAACGAACGGCCAUGAUUCCAAACACGAACCGGCCCGGCCAGCCGUUUAGUCGGGAGACGGAGGCCGCUGAGAUUAAGAAGCUCUCGGACGCUCAGCAAAAGACGGACCAGAUGGCCAAGCAGCUCCUGGCCGAGCUGAAGAAGAAGGAAGAGCAGUUGGCUCAACUCAAGGCCGAGAACGCAGCAGCAGCGGCGAAGACUUCAUAG